UGUCUGACCAGGCCUUCGUGACGCUGGCCACCAACGACACCUACUGCCAGGGAGCCCUGGUCCUGGGCCAGUCGCUGAGGGACCAGAAGGCCACCCGGGAGCUGGUGGUGCUGGUCACUCCUCAGGUGUCCAGGCUGCUCAGGGUUAUUCUCUCGAGGGUAUUUGACGAGGUCGUCGAGGUCGAUCUGAUGGACAGCGCGGACCACGUCCACCUGGCCUUCCUGAAGCGGCCCGAGCUCGGCGUCACCCUCACCAAACUCCACUGCUGGACGCUCACCCGUUACAGCAAGUGUGUGUUUCUGGACGCCGACACCCUGGUGCUGUGCAAUAUCGAUGAGCUGUUUGAGAGGAGCGAGUUUUCGGCCGCCCCGGACCCGGGCUGGCCCGACUGCUUCAACAGCGGGGUGUUCGUCUUCCGGCCUUCCCUGCGGACACACCGCCUCUUGCUGCAGCAUGCCACGGACCACGGCAGCUACGAUGGGGCCGAUCAGGGCCUGCUCAACAGCUUCUUCAGCAGCUGGGCCACGGCCGACAUUCAGAAACACUUGCCUUUCGUCUACAAUCUGAGCAGCAGCAACGCAUACACCUACAGCCCGGCGUUCAGACAGUUCGGUUCGAGGGCGAAGGUGGUCCACUUUCUGGGGCCCAAGAAGCCGUGGAACUACAGGUACAACCCGCAGACGGGCUCGGUGCUGGAGGAGGCCCCUGGGGCGGCCCCCCAGCACCAGCUGAGCUUCCUGAACCUGUGGUGGAACAUCUACCACCGCAGCGUCUUGCCUCUGUACGAACGCAUCCCGGACGAGCCACGCCAUCCGGCGCCCGGACACACGAAUUCUCUCCCUCGCGUUGAGGUGCCGUGUGCAAAUAUAGCGCCUUGUGCAGAGGGGCCGUGUGCGAAUUCAGAGGCCACGGCUCCUGGGGAGACUUUGGAGACGCCCACGGUAGUGAAUGAGACCCCACUUUCGGCUGAAGGAGCCCCUUCAGAAGACGGAGGUACCAGCACCCCACACAGAAAG